GCCGGGCCUCAGGCGGCCGCGCUGCCGCCAAUCCGCCGCGGCCAUGGGCAAGAAGCACAAAAAGCACAAGGCCGAGUGGCGCUCGUCCUACGAAGAUUAUGCAGACACACCACUGGAGAAGCCUCUGAAGCUGGUACUAAAGGUGGGCGGAAGCGAAGUGACUGAGCUCUCAGGAUCUGGCCAUGACUCCAGCUACUAUGACGACAGGUCAGACCAUGAGCGAGAAAGACACAGAGAAAAGAAGAAGAAAAAGAAGAAGAAGUCUGAGAAGGAAAAGCACCUCGAUGAUGAGGAAAGGAGGAAGCGGAAGGAAGAGAAGAGGCGGAAGCGAGAGAAGGAACACUGCGACUCAGAAGGAGAGGCUGAUGCCUUUGACCCAGGAAAGAAGGUGGAAGUGGAGCCACCCCCAGAUCGGCCCGUGAGAGCAUGCCGGACACAGCCAGCUGAAAAUGAGAGCACACCCAUGCAGCAGCUCCUGCAGCACUUCCUGCGCCAGCUCCAGAGAAAAGAUCCUCAUGGAUUUUUUGCAUUUCCUGUCACCGAUGCAAUUGCUCCUGGGUAUUCAAUGAUAAUAAAACACCCAAUGGACUUUGGCACAAUGAAAGACAAGAUUGCAGCUAAUGAAUACAAGUCAGUGACAGAAUUUAAGGCAGAUUUCAAACUGAUGUGCGAUAAUGCAAUGACCUACAAUAGACCAGACACUGUGUACUACAAGUUAGCCAAGAAGAUCCUACAUGCGGGCUUUAAGAUGAUGAGCAAAGAGCGGCUAUUAGCUUUGAAGCGCAGCAUGUCGUUUAUGCAGGACAUGGAUUUUUCUCAGCAGGCCGCUCUCUUGGGCAGUGAAGACACAGCAGUUGAGGAGACUGUCCCCGAGGUUGUCCCAGUGCAAGUAGAGACUGCCAAGAAAUCCAAAAAGCCGAGUAGAGAAGUCAUCAGCUGCAUGUUCGAGCCUGAAGGGAAUGCCUGCAGCUUGACAGACAGCACUGCAGAGGAGCACGUGCUGGCCCUCGUGGAGCACGCCGCCGAUGAGGCUCGCGACAGGAUCAGCCGCUCCCUCCCUGGCAGCAAGAUGGGCUACCUGAAGAAGCUGGCAGAUGGGAGCCUGCUCUACAGCGUGGUGAAUGCAGCUGAGCCAGAUGCCGAUGAGGAAGAGACACACCCUGUGGAUCUGAGCUCACUCUCCAGUAAGCUGCUCCCAGGCUUCACCACGCUGGGCUUCAAAGAUGAAAGAAGAAAUAAAGUCACCUUCCUCUCCAGUGCCAGCACUGCACUUUCUAUGCAGAACAACUCCGUGUUUGGUGACUUGAAAUCAGAUGAGAUGGAGCUGCUGUACUCGGCCUAUGGAGACGAGACAGGAGUGCAAUGUGCGCUGAGCCUGCAGGAAUUUGUGAAGGAUGCUGGAAGCUACAGCAAGAAAAUGGUGGAUGACCUCCUUGAUCAGAUCACAGGUGGAGAUCAUUCAAGGAUGCUCUUCCAACUAAAGCAGAGAAGAAGUGUUCCCAUGAGGCCUGUGGAUGAGAUGAAGGUUGGCGAUGCCUUGGGAGAUGGCAGUGGCUCUGUCCUGGAUUUCAUGUCCAUGAAAUCCUACUCUGAUGUCUCUCUGGACAUCUCUAUGCUCAGCUCUCUGGGGAAAGUAAAGAAGGAGCUGGAUCAUGACGACGGUCACUUGAACUUGGACGAGACAGCGAGACUCCUGCAGGACCUGCAUGAGGCACAGGCGGAGCGUGGAGGUUCCCGGCCAUCAUCCAACCUCAGCUCCCUGUCCAAUGCCUCUGAAAGAGAUCAGCACCCCCCAGGAAGCCCUUCUCGCCUGAGUGUUGGGGAACAGCCAGAUGUCACCCAUGACCCAUACGAAUUCCUCCAGUCUCCAGAACCUGCAGGCUCAUCGAGGAACUAACUUGUAAUGUCCUGGGAGUUGGUGGCUUGUCUGCAGUCACAUCAGCCGCGGAGGGACAGCAGCACUGUUUAGUCCUGUGAGUUCCAAGCAGUGAAAACCACAUAGAGGGUCUGCAGCUGAUCGCACAGCUGUGCUGAGUGCCAGCAUGUGGAUCGAAGCUUCUUUGCUGGUGUGGGGGCACAGAUGAGGCCCAGUCUUCAUUCUGUCAGAGUCCUACACAUCUCCAGCAUAGUGCGUUUCUCAGCAGACCAUAGAGGAUCAGCACGGGAGCCCAUGGGGAGCCCAGGCAGGCUGAGUAAGGCAGUUUCUUCUGGUAUGAUGGCUGAGCCUGAGGAAGGUGAUGUUCUACUGGGAAACUGUGAGCCGGACUGUGAGGUAUUGUGAAGUACUCAGAGCUGUAAAGAGUUUUGUAAUUGGAUGUGUUUACUGGGUACCUGCUUGUAUUUGCAGAAUACUGUAAACACAGAUCCUAAUAAAGAGAUUUCUAAAAAUGGA